AUGGACACGCUUCACGCAAAGGCCGAAUGGGAGCGUGUUGGCGAGCGGUGGUUUCGCAAGACACAGCAGUACACGUCCAUUUUCGACGAGAGCCUGGACCUGGACACUUAUAUCGUCGCCGGUGCUCCCUAUGCAGGCGCUCUAGCCCUUUGGCCGGAUGAGACCAAGCUUCAGGCCCACCAACCCGGCAAGUCGUCCAAGCCGUCUAUAGAUAUGUACAGCCUCGCCGGGCAGAAGCUCCGCAGCAUAGCAUGGGACAAGGGCGCCAUCAAGGGCCUGGGCUGGUCCGACGCCGAGACGCUGCUCGUCGUGGCCGCCGACGGCCAUGUCCGCUGCUACGACUUGCAGGGUGACUUUAGCCACUUUUCCCUCGGUCAUGGCGCAGACAACUAUGGCGUUGAAUCUUGCCGAUUUUACAGCAGCGGUAUGGUGGCUCUGCUCGGCAACAACACGCUCGUCACAGUCACUUCAUACACGGAGCCGCGCCCCAAGCUCCUCGCCACGCCGCCAAGUGGUGAGGUUAGUGCUUGGGCCAUUGUACCCCCGGCAUAUACCCAGUCGCGCUCCGUCGAGGUUCUUAUGAGCAUUGCAUCGACAGUCUACGUUCUCGACGCCGCAGAGUGUGAGGAUCGCCUCCCCGAGUUUGGCGAUCUGAGCCACAUUAGCGUAUCGCCCGACGGACGCUUCGUGACGCUCUAUGCCAAGGAGGGCAAGGCUCAUGUCACGUCGAGCGACCUGCAGGAUCUCGAGUUUGUGCACGAGUCGGACUCCAAGACAACGCCGCAGUACGUCGAAUGGUGCGGUUCUGAUGCCAUCAUUGCGUGGGAGGACGAAGUCCACAUCAUUGGUCCCGGUGAUCAGUCAGCUUCGUAUAUAUACGACACCACGCGUGUCCAUGUCAUCUCCGAGCCUGAUGGCGCGCGCUUAAUUACAAAUGACUUUUGCGAGUUUCUCGAAAGAGUACCGGAUGCCACGAUUCAGGCUUUCGGUGCUGCCACAGAAUCGUCGCCGGCAUCGAUAUUGCUGGAUGCUGUUGGCCAGCUGGAGCUCGAGUCACCCAAGGCAGACGAUUACAUCCAGCUUAUUAGGCCGAACUUGACAGAAGCAGUUGACACCUGUGUCAAUGCCGCUGGACGUGAGCUUGACACCAACUGGCAGAAGCGCCUUCUCAAGGCUGCCUCCUUUGGCAAGUCGGUCCUCGAUAUAUACAAUAGCGAUGACUUUGUGGACAUGUGCACGACUCUGCGCGUGCUAACCGCUGUCCGCUUUUAUAAAAUCGGAAUAACCAUCUCCUUUGAGCAAUACCAGCAACUCACACCAGAGCGUCUCAUUAACCGCCUCUUGACGCGGCACGAGUACCAACUAGCUCUCAAGAUUGCAUCAUACUUGAAGCUGCCUUCUGAUAGCAUAUAUACUCACUGGGCGUCAUCCAAGGUACGCAUCGGCACGGAAGACGACGAUAGCGUUUGCCGGCUAGUAGUCGAGCGCCUAUCGGGCAAGGCCGGCAUCUCUUUCGAAGAGAUAGCUCGCGCUGCACACCACGAAGGCCGCAGCAGACUAGCGACCGAACUGCUGAACCACGAGCCCCGAGGCGGCAAACAGGUACCGCUUCUGCUCGACAUGGAAGAGGAUGAGCUCGCGCUAGACAAGGCUGUUGAAAGUGGUGAUACAGACUUGAUCCUGUUUGUCCUCCAACACUUGAAGGCAAAGACAGCGCCGUCGCAGUUCUUCCGCAUCAUCAACUCGCGGCCUUCGGCCACAGCACUCGUUGAAGCAUCGGCACUGCAAAAACGCGAUAAUGCCAUGCUGAAAGACCUAUACUACCAGGAUGACCGUCGUGUAGAUGGUGCCAAUGUGUUUAUCCAAGAGUCGCUUCACCAAUCCGAUGUGCGAACCACGGUAGAUAAGCUGGCCCUUGCCGGGAAACUUUUGUCUGAUGCGAAAGAAGCGUCGGUGGAAGCGCAUGCCAUCAAAGAAGCAUCGGCCUUGCUGCGCAUGCAGGAAGCCCUGGACCGCGACCUGACAGAAAAGUUUUACGGUCUGAGCGUGAACGAGACCAUGGCCAAGCUCAUCCAGCUUGGCUACAACGGUCGCGCCAAGAAGAUACAAAGCGAGUUUCGCGUCCCGGACAAGGUGGCGUGGUGGAUUCGCCUGCAGGCACUCGUUGCCAAGCGUGAGUGGCACGAGAUUGAGGAUAUCGCCAAGGCAAAGAAGAGCCCUAUUGGUUGGAAGCCUUUCUACAAUCUCACUCUGCAAGCAGGCAAUCCACGACUUGCGGCGCAGUUUGUGCCCAAGUGCACAGGCCUGGAGCCGGGCGACGCGAUAAAAAUGUACGAGGCGUGCGGCAUGCGCGUCAAGGCGGCAGAAGAGGCUGUACGGGUAAAGGACGCGGAGUCGUGGCAGCGCCUGCUGGAGCUGGCGGGCCGGGGCACGCAGGAAGGGCGCGAGAUUGAGCGCCUGGGAAGCACAGUGUUUAAAUAG